GCAGUGGGCCCAGCCGGGCCGGGGGAAGGGGAGCGGCGGGGCCUGGUGCGCGGCCGGCCGACCGACCGCCGGGCGGAGAGGCGGCGCCCCGCGGGCGGGCGCGGCUAAUCGCGGCACGUGGUGGGGGGCGAGGCCGGCGGCAACAUGGCGCAGCUCACGGCGCGGUUCCGCACCGACAACCGCAGGUACGCCGUGGAGGAUGUGCCGUUCUCGGUGCCUGCGGCCUCCGAGACCACCGACCUCAGCCACCUCAUCAACAAGCUGCUGGCGGCCGCAGACGCGGAUCACAAAUAUGUGGAAUUUGAUUUCCUUAUCAAUGGCCAGUUCUUGCGUAUGCCGCUGGUCACGCAUAUGGAAACAGAAAAUAUCUCCACAGAAGAAGUGGUGGAAAUCGAAUAUGUGGAGAAAUACAUGGCCCCUCAGCCAGAGGAAUGCAUCUUCCACGAUGACUGGAUCAGUUCUGUUCGAGCCACUGAAGAAUGGAUAUUAACUGGCUGCUACGAUCAGACUGCUCGAAUCUGGUCUUUGGAAGGAAAAUCCAUCAUGACAAUAGCUGGGCAUACAGAAGUGGUGAAGGACGUGGCAUGGGUGAAGCAAGAUAGUUUAUCGUGCCUGUUACUCAGUGCUUCUAUGGACCAAACUAUCCUGCUGUGGGAGUGGAAUGUGGAGAAAAACAAAGUGAAAGCCCUCCACUGCUGCAGGGGACACGCUGGGAGUGUGGACUCCAUAGCUGUUGAUUGCACAGGAACUAAAUUCUGCAGUGGAUCUUGGGAUAAGAUGUUAAAGAUCUGGUCUGCAGUACCCACGGAUGAAGAGGAUGAAAUGGAAGAAGCAGCUAACAGACCACGGAAGAAGCAGAAAACUGAACAGUUGGGACUAACAAGGACCCCCCUGGCAACCCUCUCUGGCCACACAGAAGCCAUCUCCUCCGUGCUGUGGUCAGACACUGAAGAAAUCUGCAGUGCCUCAUGGGACCACACCAUCAAGCUCUGGGACGCUGAGACUGGAGAUCUCAAAUCAACUUUGACAGGAAACAAAGUGUUUAAUUCUGUCUCCUACUCACCACUGUGUCGUCGCCUGGCAUCCGGGAGCACUGACAGACAUAUUAGACUGUGGGAUCCUCGCAGCAAAGAUGGCUCCUUGGUUCUCCUGUCUCUGACAUCUCACACAGGCUGGGUGACAUCUGUGAAGUGGUCACCUACCCAUGAGCAUCAGCUGAUCUCUGGUUCUCUGGACAACAUUGUGAAGCUCUGGGACACAAGGAGUUGCAAGGCUCCUCUGUACGACUUGGCUGCUCAUGAAGACAAGGUUUUGUGUGUGGACUGGACAGAAGCAGGGUUGCUAUUGAGUGGAGGUGCAGACAACAAACUGUAUUGCUACAGAUACCCGGCUACAGCCUCUGAUGUUGGAGCGUGAAGGUCAACAGACAGGAGAUUUUUUUUUUUUAAACAAAAAAAAAAAAAGAAAGAUUUUUGCAGCAAUGACUCUCUGUUGGCAUCCCUACACAAUCAACACGUGAAGAAAGGAGUUUGUGUUGCUCAGAACACUGUUGUUCCUGUGGGGUUUUUUUUGUAUUGGUAACCUAUAUCCAUAUUUGUCACAGAAACAUGGCAACAUGCAGUUACAAACGUGAUUAGUGCGAAACAAAGGGCAUUUCCUCCCUUUUUGAUGGCUUUGAAUGAACAUCUUUUAAAUGGCUAUUUGUAUAGCCCUUUUAAUAAGGAGUAAGCUGUUCCUGAUACUUAGAAAAAAAUUACUAACUGGACUAAAUUAUUUUUUUUUAUUUUACCUGCUUUCCCUUGGGAAAAAAAAAAGAGCUUUUACCUACAGUUCAUCGCUUUAGUGCCUCACUUCAAAUAAAAAUCAGACUUCAACUCUC